UGAGCUUUGGCCUUCGGCAAGCUUCAGCUAAUCAAAUACGAGCCCGAAUACUCCCGUGCGGCCUUUCCAUCAUCCAACUGCGGUCCAGUGGUCAGUGGUCAGUUUUGCUUCGUCGACCUGCUCGUGCCUGCCACCGAAGCCUUUAACGCUCCCACCACGACGCCAGUCCCGCCAUCCGUCUGUCAGUUUGGGGUUUAGAUACCGUCAAAAUGGCCUCCGCGCUCUACAACGCCCUCUUCCGGAGGAACUACACCAUGCUCGGCGUAGUCUUCGCCGCUGCAUUUGUCUUUGAAGUGGGCUUCAACGACGUGAUGAACAAGAUCUGGGACAACCACAACCGGGGCCGCCAAUGGAAGGACAUCCGCCACAAUCUCGCCCGUUCGGCAUUCGAGUCCGUCCUGUUCCAAUGCUCGUGGGCAUCCCUACUUCUGCCGCAGUCUCGGACAAGCCUGACUUCUAUCCAAUGCUUACCUACCAGGUAGGUAGGUGGUUCAGGCGGGUACCAAGGAAGGCAGUGGACGGGAAGUAUUCUGUAUUCCGUAUGCUGUACGAAUACCAAUUCCGGGCUUCGCGCCGAGAACGAAUGUCAGGCACUAGUUAAACCAGGGUCUGCAAGCAGUGAUGCAUUGCACAGCAGCACCGCAGUUUCUCGGGACGCGGGCUCUACAGUGCCAUCAACACUUCUCAGUUUGGCCCUUGGUCUGCAGAUUCCGAAUCGAACACGCAAUCGCAGUUGCAGAAACACGGCCCAGACAGCAGGAGCCCCAGGGCGACUUCUCGCUAGGUACGGAUGUCGCUACCAAAAGAAUCCGCACACCGCCCUCCAUUGAGCUGGCAGAAUUAACCG